AUGGCAUCUGAUAAACGCAAAGUCUUGAUUACAGGCUGCUCUGAUGGUGGCCUUGGUAGUGCUCUAGCCAUUGCCUUCCACGAAGCUGGAUUCCACGUCAUUGCAACGGCGCGCAAUGUAUCCAAAAUGAAGCAACUCGAAGCGCUCGGCAUCGAAACCCUAACGCUAGACGUUCUCUCUGACUCCUCUAUUGCCGGGUGCGUCAGAGGCGGAUACUUUAUGCCCAUGGCAGAUCUUUCUAUUGCCGAAGCCAGGAAAUGUUUCGAUCUAAAUGUCUGGUCCUACAUUGCCGUCUCGCAGGCCUUCCUUCCUCUGUUGCUAAAGUCAAAGGGAGUCAUUGUCAAUCAGACUUCUCUCGCAUCUGUUAUUACUUUCCCUUUUCAAGGUGCAUAUAAUGCGGCCAAGGCUGCAAUGGCCGCAUUCUCGGAUACUAUGCGACGCGAGCUAGAGCCUUUUGGUGUCACGGUUGUCGACCUGAAAACCGGCGUGGUCACUUCCAACUUCUUUCAGAAUCAGAAAGAGGCAGUACCUACUUCUCUACCUGAGGGUUCCAUCUACGAGCCGGCGAAAGAGGAGGUGGAACAUGUCCUUCGCGGGAAACUUGUUGAGGGUAAAGGCAUGCCUUCCGACAAGUGGGCGAAACAGGUCGUGCAGGAACUGAUGAAACCAAAACCGUCGUCUUUGAUCUGGAGAGGCACGUAUUCAUUUAUGAUACGAAUUCUGUCGUCUUUACCACAUUCAUGGACAAACGGGUUCAUUAAUAAGGCGGGUGGUCUGGAUGUCGUGGAGAAGUGGAUAAGAAAAUGA